UUUUAGAGGUCCCCUCCAACCUAACCCAUUCUAUGAUGGCUCUAUUCUUUGUAAGCCCCUGGAAUAAUCUCACCUGUCUCAUUUGCAGGCCAUGAAAGGGCUCUUGGCACAGCCUUGUGGCUCUCCCCAUCACCAGAACUACUCCCCAUACACCUCCUGCAGCCCCUUCUUUCCUCCAUGGCUCGCAGUUCCCCCAAACAAACCAGCACAGCUAAAGGCUGAGUGCAUAACAAGGGUUUCAUCCUUCACCUGCACAGCACCCACAUUACACAGCCGUGAUGGGGAGAUCUCACACUGCUGUCACCCGCAGAUGAUGCAACCAGCUCCCACCCCUCCAAGAAACAAGAGCUUCCCCCCAGCGCUGUGCAUGGGGGCUCAUACACUCAGCAUUCGCUGCAUGCCAGCUGUGGGGCAGGCAGCCUCCUCCUUCCCUCCUCCCCUCUUGAAACUCGAUGCAGCAGAGGAAGCUGAUUGCAAGAUUAAUUACGCAUUUUCCCAAACCUGACGGCUGGGGGACAGUGAGCAAAAAGUGCUGCCUGCUUCCCUGACUGGGUUCACUUAGAGGAGAGAGCAGACUGAGGACGGAGACGGGGACGUGGGGCACCAUGGUGCUGGUGGUGCCCAUUGUGUUGCUGCUCCUGGCACUGCUGCCACCGGUGUGGAUGCUGCAGGAUGCAGGAGCCCUGCAGGGGAGCACAGAGCCAGAUCCCUCCACUCCAGCCCUGCUCCGUCUGUCCGACACGCUGCUGACUCACUACAGGAGGGGAGUCCGACCCGUGCGGGACUGGCGCACCACCACCACUGUGGCCAUUGAUGUCAUGGUGUAUGCCAUCCUCAGUGUGGAUGAGAAGAACCAGGUGCUGACCACCUACAUCUGGUACAGACAGCACUGGACAGAUGAGUUCCUGCAGUGGGACCCUGCACACUUUGACAACAUCACACAGAUUUCCCUCCCUGCGGAGAGCAUCUGGGUGCCUGACAUCCUCAUCAACGAGUUCGUGGAUGUCGGGAAGUCCCCUGAUGUCCCCUACGUCUACGUUCGCCACCACGGAGAGGUCCAGAACCUCAAACCCAUCCAAGUGGUGACAGCCUGCAGCUUGGACAUCUACAAUUUCCCCUUCGACGUCCAGAACUGUUCGCUUACCUUCACCAGCUGGCUGCACAACAUCCACGACAUCAACCUCUCGCUGUGGCGGCAGCCGGAGCUGGUGAAAUUCGACAGGAGCGUCUUCAUGAACCAGGGCGAGUGGGAGCUGCUCUACGUACUCAGCCACUUCCAGGAGUUCAGUGUCAAAAGCAGCGACAGCUACGCCGAGAUGAAGUUCUACGUGGUCAUCCGGAGGCGUCCUCUCUUCUAUACUAUCAACCUGCUGCUCCCUAGUAUCUUCUUGAUGGUGAUGGAUAUUGUAGGCUUCUACCUGCCUCCCAACAGCGGCGAGAGGGUCUCUUUCAAGAUUACUCUCCUCCUGGGUUACUCAGUUUUCCUCAUCAUUGUAUCCGACACACUUCCAGCUACUGCUGUUGGCACCCCAUUGAUAGGCAUCUAUUUUGUGGUGUGCAUGGCGCUGCUCGUCAUCAGCCUCACGGAGACCAUCUUCAUUGUGCGCCUGGUACACAAGCAAGACCUGCAGCCUCACGUCCCCAGCUGGGUGAAGCACUUACUGCUGGAACGUGCCACUGCGCUGCUCUGCAUCUGGGACAGGAAGAAAUUCAGCCAAACCAGAACACAGAGCUCAGACAUCUCCAGGCACGUGGAGAACAAUGACAGCACAGCCAAACUGAACCACUACAGUUCUGAAGACCCUCGGGAGCGAGAGGUGGCAGGGGGCACAAGGCCCACCCCUGCCUUUGCCACUCCAGCAGAGGGCUCUCUGCUCAUUCACAGCAUCCUGCACGAGAUCACCACCAUCCGCCAGUUCCUUGAGAAGCGUGAUGAAUUUCGUGAUGUUGCCCGUGAGUGGCUGCAAGUGGGCUACGUGUUGGAUGUCCUGCUCUUCCGAGCAUACCUGGUGGCUGUCCUGGCCUACACUAUCACACUGGGCACCCUCUGGUCGGUGUGGCAAUAUGCCUGAGCUGUAUUUUGGGGCAGGCAAGGUGAGAACCUCAGAUGCUGCUGUGCUCCAGAAGACUGGAACAGAACUCCCUGGUUCUUGCACUCAGCACCACCUGUGUUUUCUGAGUACAGGGAUCCAGACUGGUUCAAUCACCCCACUUCCAGUAGCUCUAAAGCAGCAUCUGAGCACUAAGAUAAGGGCUGAGUAAAAGCGAGCAAACACAGAGCACACCCACCCCAACCGAAUCAUUGUUAGCUCCAACCGAGCUCCUUUCCCCUUCUCUCACCUCACAAGGGCUUCCCGGGUGGUUGCACCCCCUGCACCCAUCUCCUCCUCCCCCCAACCGGGACAAGACCACGAGCACAGCGCGGCUCCGGCCCCGCCCGGCGCUUCAGCACCACGGACAGCGGCACCGGCACAGCCCGGCUCCGGCCGCUCCCGUCGGGGCUCAGCCCCCACCUUGCCCAGCGGGGGCUCAUCUGGAGCCCACCCCUCUCCCCUCCCUUCCCCAGGGUGUUUCCCCACUCCCAGCUCCAUCUCAGGGUCACCCAACUUCUUCCCAGUCCCACCUUCAUCCUCAUCAUUUAACCUGCUGCGGAAGAGGGACGUGGAUCUGCCCUCCACCAGCUCCACUCACCCUGCACGAAGCACUGAAAGCUGCACACUUGUUUUUCGCUCUUUGUUAUUGCUCUACCAGAGCCAGGGGCUCAGCAGGUCCUGCAUGUCUAUGUCUCCCCUUCUCCUGAAUGUUUUUUGCAUGCUUGACUGGCAGAUCCCCUCCACAUUCCUACCCACCAGUACAGUAACUGGGGAGAACUAGCUGGGGGGAGACACAAAUAAAACUCUAAAAAGCAAUGCAAAUGGGUCUGUUGCCAUAGGAAAGCAAUGCUGGAAGAGAGCAACAAGGUUACCUGUCUUAGUCGUCCGCUAAUGCAAGCUUCCAAAGCUGUCAUAUAUAAGCAUGCUCUCUCUGUGCACCUCUGCCAGGGCAGAG